AUGUUUAGUUCUAAUAACAAUGGUUUUCAAUUAUGUAAACGUCUUCAUCGAAAUAGAAUUAUUUCGAUUCUAUCGGGAGUUCUUUUUGCAAUCGGUUGGUGGAUUAUCAUUGACAUGAUUUGUCAAUAUCCUAAACAAACUGAUUUUAAUAAAGUUUAUCUUAUUAUUGGUGUAAUAGCUACAUUAGCACUUAUGUUCAAUUGUGUAUCAAAUUCUCAAGUUCGUGGUUAUGAUGAUGGUGACAAUAGUCUUGGACAAAUUGGAGCUCGAUUUGUUCUUUUUAUUUCAUUUCUACUUGUAUUUGGUUCAUUUAUUGCUAGCGCUUGGGUAUUAUUUGGUUACUAUGUUACUUAUAAAAAAGAUAGACUUUAUCCUGGUCUAGCUAUUUUUGUUCAAAAUCUCGCUAUAUUGAUUAGCACAUUGAUCUUAAAAUUAGGUCGCAAAGAAAAUCUUCGUUAUUAA